CUCAUUGCAGAGAAGAAAGGAAGCCAUACAAUUCAUCUAAAACCUUUUUUAAACGACUCUAUUUCUACAGCGAAAUAGAACUAGCAUAAGUCUCUGCUAAGGAUUUUGAGAUAUUCAAAGAGAGAGAGAUAGAGAGAAUAGUACCAUGUCCAUAUAUUUUUUCCUCUUCUUUCUCCUAAGCCUUUCCAAAGCCCAGGACGAUUGCAGUACUCCAAAAACAUGCUCCGAUCACGGUCCACCAAUCCACUUCCCAUUCCGUCUGAAGAACCACCACCCACUACACUGCGGCUGUCCUGGCUUCGACCUCUCUUGCUCUCCAAACAACACCACCACCGUUCUCGACCUCCCUAAUUCAGUCAAAGUUUUAGUCACCCACAUCGAUUACAAAUCCCGAAUGAUUCAGAUUAAAGACCCACACAGCUGCUUCCCACAAAAGCUUCAAAACCUCAAUUUGUCCGCCACUUCCUUUCAAUUUGCAAAUUUCACGUACAAUUUUAGUUUAUUCAGUUGCCCUUCAACGAAACCGGAUUUCUCUUAUAGGGUCACUUGCUUCCGUGGCGACGGUCCUGAAGUAUAUGCCGAGAGAGGUGAGGUGAGUGUCUAUUAUCAGGAUGAUCCGCCCCUGAUGCUAUCUUGCAGAAAGAUGUAUAACUUGUUGGUUCCGAUCGAGGCGUUUCAUCAAGCUGAUCUGCAAUUGAAAUGGCACCAACGAGUUGAAGGUCAUGACUUGGAGAUUGCAUGUGUGACUUUAGGCUCAUUUUUGCUUCUUGUAAUCUUCAUUGCAAUGUAUUGGUUCUAUAGACAAAAGAAAAUAAAGAGAAAGGAUCAUCUAAAGAUUGAAAGGUUCUUGGAGGAUUAUAGAGCUUUGAAGCCGGCAAGAUACUCUUAUGCCGAUAUUAAGAAAAUUACAAACCAAUUCAAGGACAAAGUAGGCCAAGGAGGAUAUGGAACAGUGUACAAGGGACAACUUUCCAAUGAUGUUUAUGUUGCGGUUAAGAUCCUCAAUAGCACUAAGGGAAAUGGAGAAGAGUUCAUCAACGAAGUGGGAAUAAUUGGUACAAUCCACCACGUCAAUGUGGUUCGCCUGGUUGGAUAUUGUGCUGAUGGAUUCAGAAGAGCUCUUAUUUAUGAGUUCUUACCAAAUGAUUCGCUGGAAAAGUUUGCAUUAUCUGAUCGCGAUAAGCGUUUACUUGGUUGGAAAAAGCUGCUAGAAAUUGCUAUGGGCAUAGCCAAAGGAAUUGAGUAUCUUCACCAAGGAUGUGACCAACAAAUCCUUCAUUUCGAUAUUAAACCACAUAACAUCUUGUUGGACGAGAACUUGAAUCCGAAGAUAACAGAUUUUGGUCUAGCUAAAUUGUGUUCUAAGGAACAAAGUGUUGUAUCCAUGACUACUGCUCGUGGUACCAUUGGCUAUAUUGCACCAGAAGUGUUCUCAAGGAACUUUGGGAAUGUGUCAUACAAAUCAGAUAUUUAUAGUUUCGGAAUGUUGUUGCUUGAAAUGGUAGGAGGAAAAAAGAAUUUCGAUGUAAUGGUCAAUAGCACUAACCAAAUUUAUUUUCCCGAAUGGAUUUACAAUUGUUUGGAUAGUGGAGAAGAGCUAGGAAUUCAUAUUCAAGAUGAAGGAGAUGCCAAGAUUGCAAAAAAGUUGGCAAUCGUAGGACUUUGGUGCAUUCAAUGGUACCCAGUUGACAGGCCUUCAAUGCAUGGUGUGAUUCAAAUGUUGGACGGAGAUGGAGACACUCUGAUCAAGCCUCCCAAUCCGUUUGCCUCUACAAAUCCAACUUUGGCCACGGGUCAGGCGAGUGGAAGGCCUUUUAACAGUGAGUUGGAAGUUAUUGUUGAAUCCGAGUGAGAAAGAUAAAACCACUAUCUUUUUCAUCAAUUGAUACGUGACACCGUGAGAUAUUAAUGUACCGAUGUAUAGCCUUACCAUAAAGCUUCUGUUGUGCUUUGAGUAACUGAUUUGCCUCCAAUAUAUGUACUGGUAUUAGAAGAUCACACCCAAUUCGUAAUGUUAUUUUUAUCGUCUUUUCUAGAGUUAUUGAUGGGAUAUCUAUCCCUUUGUUGUAGUCCAUGGUAGCUAAGAAACAUUUUGUACCGUAACUAAAAAAAGACUUUUGCAGAUUAACGCUUGUGGUAUAGUUGUUUGGAAA